UCGUCCUCAACUCUCUGUCACUUCAAUUCUCGAAAAGCCGAAAAGAGUAGGUGGUGGAGGUGGUGGCUCAGAGGGACAAUGGUAGGACCUUCACGACCACUUUUCGUGCUUUCUGGGUCUUCCAUCGUUCAGUUCAGUUACAGUGAAGAAGGCUGGGGCGCUAUUCUUGCUGACAUCUAUUCUCGCAAGGCAGACAUAUUGUUGCGAGGAUAUAGUGGUUGGAAUUCGAGGCGUGCUCUCCAAGUUGUCAAUCAAGUUUUUCCAAAGGAUGAUUCUGUACAGCCUUCAUUGGUGAUAGUUUACUUUGGGGGAAAUGAUUCAAUGGGCCCUCACUCAUCUGGCUUGGGACCUCAUGUACCACUCCCAGAAUAUGUAGAGAACAUGAGAAAGAUUAUAGUUCAUCUUAAGAGCCUCUCAGAGAAAACACGCGUUAUUUUUCUUAGUUGUCCUCCUGUCAGUGAGGAGAUGAUCCGUAAUAGAGCUAUAAGUGAUUUGAUUAGCCCUCUAGAUCGGACAAAUGAAGCCUGCAAAAGAUACUCAGAAGCUGGUUUAGAGCUUUGUAGGGAGAUUGAUGUGAAGGCUAUUGAUCUAUGGUCUGCAAUUCAAAAGAGGGAUGAUUGGAUGACUGCCUGCUUUACAGAUGGUAUUCAUCUUUCUUCUGAAGGAAGCAAAAUAGUUGUGGAAGAAAUACUAAAGGUCCUCAAGGAAGCCAAAUGGGAACCAUGUUUACACUGGAAGUCUUUGCCAACUGAAUUUUCUGAGGAUUCCCCAUGUGAUCUUGUUGCUUCCGAUGGCAAGAAUACUACAAACUUCUCAGAGGUAGUGAUUCAUAGGAAGAUACAAUGGGAUUGAUAUUUGCUUUGUUGACAGGAUGGUGGUUGUCGUGCAGAACGGAGUUAAAAGAGAAAAAUUUGUAAUGUUUUAAUUUUCCAUUCAGAGCAUCUAUCAAGAGGAAGUAUCACUUGGAUUA